AUGAGCCACCAACGAUAUCCUUCUCACGAUCCUGUUAAGGAGCCACAUUCUAUCUCCCUCAAGGUUCUUCGACUAUCUCGUCCAUCUCUCGUCACGCAACAUCCAAUCGACCCCCCUUCCUCGGUCGGCGCAUCUACUAAGUCAGCUCCGAUCCCAGCAUCGCUCGCCUACCACUCCCAAGCCGCUUCAAACCCGUCCCCUUUCCUCCUCAGCCCAGUCGUCAACCUUCCGGUAUCAUUCGGGUCCGCAUAUGUUGGCGAGACAUUUAGCUGUACACUAUGUGCGAACAAUGAUCUACCUCCGGAGGCCGCCAAGAAUAUCCGGGAUGUGCGCAUCGAAGCAGAGAUGAAGACCCCAGGCAUGGGCGCUGUACAGCGCCUUGAACUCGGCCCACCUAAUGGCAAGGCAGAGGCAGAUCUUGAGCCUGGUGACACUUUGCAGAAGGUGGUAUCCUUUGACCUUAAGGAGGAAGGGAACCAUGUACUCGCAGUCACAGUGAGCUACUACGAAGCAACGGAGACUAGUGGUCGUACGAGGACAUUCCGCAAGCUUUACCAGUUCAUCUGCAAAGCAUCACUCAUCGUGCGCACCAAGGUGGGUUCGUUGAAGGCCGAUGACAUCCAGGGACACGGACGAUGGGUGCUUGAAGCGCAGCUAGAGAACUGCAGCGAGGACGUGGUGCAGCUGGAGAAGGUCGUGCUGGACACGGAACCUGGCCUGCGGUAUCGCGACUGUAAUUGGGAGGCGAGUGGGAGCGCAAAGCCGAUGUUACACCCGGGUGAGGUGGAACAGGUAUGUUUUGUAGUUGCGGAAGACGGGGCCGAGACGGGUGUCGAGGUGACACCAGACGGAAGGAUCAUCUUUGGAUCUUUAGGAAUUGGUUGGAGGGGAGAGAUGGGCAAUAGAGGGUUCCUGGCUACCGGCAAGCUGGGGACUAGACGCGUGGCACGAUGA